UUUACCUCCACAUUGUUGUUAAUGUCUACAUUUCAUGCAGGAAAAUUCAAUUUUUGUUGAUCGAUACACAGACUGUGAUACAUUAAAAAAAAAGUCGAAUUUUAAAUGGCGACGACGAAUCAGAAGUGCAGCAAAAGAGCAAAAACCAGAAAUCGACAAGAUAACAAAAUCAGCGGCUUAGUGAAACUGUUGAAAGGAGCUUCGAAGCGAAACAGAAACCGCAGAAAUAUACGGCUCGACAACAACAAUAAUAAUAAGAAAAACAAAAUAAGCAACAAACAUUACAUUAAAAGACAGAAGAAUAUUGAAAAGAAGCAAAAGCAACAACAACCAAAAUUUACGCACAGCUCUUCAGCAUCGGAAGCAAUAAUAGCAAUAAUAUCAACAUUAAAACACAACAACAUUUUCGGUAGAAUCGGUAGACAUUUUUCCAGUGAGAGAGAGUGAGAGAUAUUUGUGUCACAUACUUAAAGUAGAGAGGCUUUCAGUACGAGGAAUCGCGCCGCUUUAUAAAACCAAAUAUAUACCCAAAAAUACAGACACAUAGACAUAUGUACAGUAUAUUUUCAGUUGUUGUUGAUUGUGUAUGUAUGUGCGUAUGAAGAAAAACAAAAUCAACAGCAGCAGCAGCACAAGGCGAACGGAGCGCGCGGAUUGAUGCAAAUGUAUGGGUGUAAUAUAUGAAUCGAACACACGCUCACACACAUGUAUUCACUGACAAAAUUGCAUACAAAUACGCCGCAUACAAGCAUCUAGCCGCUUAAUUUAACCUAACCAUAAAUGUCUACAUAUCGAAUUUACACACAAGGGCAACUAUGUUUUAUAUAAAGAUUGACAGUGGCAGUGGCAGCAGUAACAACAGCAGCAGGAGUAAUCCACCACUACUACUACCACCAAACUAAUAUUCUGUGCAGAAGAAGACAAAAAAAAACUACACAUCGAAUCCAUCGUCGAUGUAGUGGUACGUAUGUGUGUGUGUCAGUGUACAGAGUGAAACGAGAAAGAUAGAAACAAAAAAAAAAAAGAAAAUAGAAAAACGAAAAGAGCAUAAAUACAUACGAAAUAUUUUUUUGCCGUGUUUUGUUAAAAUUUUAUUUGUGAUGUGAUGUGUUUUAAGAAGCAUUUUUUUUAUUUUAUUUUUUCGGUUUGUUUUUAUUUUUUGGGUUAACCAUACUUUUUUUUCGUUCAUAAAUUAAAGUGUGAAGAAACGGAGAUAGAAACAAUUUAAUAAACUUAAAAGACCUAAAAUAUUGUGUUCAAAUGAAAUUGUGACCAAAUUAUGCUAAUAAAAAUUAACAAGCUUAAAGUGAAUAGAUGAUCGUUCGUGGAUUGUGAACUUGAAACAAAAAUAAAAACUGAUCAAUAUUGUUCACCAUCCCGAAACAAAAAGUGAAUACAACAAAAUAAGACACAUUUGAAAUUAAACAAGUGAAGACAUUCGAAGUGGCACACAAAAUAAACACUAAUUUAUGACUCUUAAUGCCUUCACGAAUGAAAAUGAUAAAAAACACGUCAACAUCAAUGAACUAUUAUGUGUAAUUCGAUUUUGGCUUCGGCCAGUUACUAAACUGGACCACAUCAUUAAAAGUGGUCAACGUCAACGUCAACGGUGUACACAUAUAAACACUGAACUAAAAGAAAAACAUAGAUUAAUAUUUCAAAUUUUUAGAUAAGUUUGUUUUAAUAAGAAAAUAAUCAAAGUGGAAUGGCAACCAGCACAACAACGAGCACCACCACUCCGGUGACGACUAAAGACAUGAAAUCCAAAUUGUUAUUAUCGAUGCCAAGAAUACCACCAAAAGUGUAUCUAAAAACUGUAAAUGAGCACAUCACAUGUACAUUAUGUGGAGGCUAUCUGAUUGAUGCGACAACAAUUGUGGAAUGUUUACAUUCGUUUUGCCGCAGUUGCAUCAAGAUGCAUCUGGAUAAUAAAAAUCGCGCUGUAAAUUGUCCGCGCUGUAAAAUAGAGAUAAACACAGCCAAACCAAAUAUUAAACCUGAUGCAACGUUACAAGCGAUUGUCUAUAAAUUGGUGCCUGGACUAUAUGAAAAAGAGCUACUGAGGCGACGUGCAUUUUAUAAACUUAGAACGAGGGAAGCACAAGAAGCAACGCCUGAACAACGUGGUGACGAUACCGAACACUUGAUAUUUAGCCCCAAUGAAAGCAUAUCGCUUAUGCUUGAGUAUUCGGAUAAUAAUGAUGCGGCGCCACAAAAUAGUGACGAUGAAAAUAGCAAUUCCAGCCAUGAAAUCAACUCAAGUGAUCAUUGUGAUGAUGAUUUCGAAGUGCAACUAAGAAAACCAAAAUACUUGCAAUGCCCGGCAAUAUUUACGAUUUCGAAUUUGAAAAAGUUUCUACUGCAUAAAUUUAGCAUAAAUCCGAAUAAAUUUUGCGUUGAAAUUAUGUAUAAAGUGAAAUCGCUUGCGUUGCCCGAUCAUUAUAAGCUAAUGGAUGUUGCAUAUAUUUUUACAUGGAAAAGGGAUGCGCCAAUGAGAUUCCUUUACUGUGUGCGGGCAGCACAUUUGACGGUUCCAAAUAUUGAACAGAGCGCUGUGAUUUAUGAUUUACCACCAAGUCGUUUCCAAACUAAUUCACAAUUAGUUUGUGCAUCCGAUUCAACUGAUCUAGAUCAAUCGUCUGAUGCUGAUAGCGAAGCACGAUCUGAUCGAACGAGAGAACCAGACACAAAUGGAUCAGUUAUGCGAAUAUCACGAGACGAGCCAAUCAAUUCAACUUCGGAUGAACCAAGCGUUCCAUCGUCUUCUACAUUAUCGACGACAAAAAUUGCGUCAAGUACAACGGUGACAAGCACAUCUGUAGCUAGUACAUCAUCAAAAUUAAAUUCAAGCACUCAUACAUCAUCACUUAAUGGAAAUGAAGGUCAAAAGAAGGAAUCAUUGGAAAAAUCGUCAAAGGAAUCGGUAUCGAGUCCAACGACUUCUGGCCGAUUGGAGAGUAUGCCUAGAAUUAAAACCGAACCACUUAGUCCAUCACCUGAAAAACAACAACAAUCGGACCGAAGAAGCAAUGGUGCAAGCCCGAAACCAAACACAUCUAAAUCAAGGAACACACCUGAUGUUAAAUCAAGUAGUCCGUCACGAACGAAAUCAAUAAUGACGGAUAGUUCAGCGACAAGAUCGAGUGAUUCAAUGUCAAAUCGCAACGAAUCAAAGACGGUAACAUUUUCAGAUAAACCGUCAUCAAGUUGGCCAACGAUGAACACAAUUAAUUCCAAACCAAUAUCGACAGCUGAACGACCAAAAGGUCGACUGCUGUUUAACAAAGAUGAAAAUGCAAAGAGCUUAUCACCACCAUUAUCUGCCGAAAAUGAAUACGAUUUUGAUCAACAUUUGUUGAAAGAAGAAUUUUCGGAAAAGAAAGACUUUUUUGAAAAGAUUCACCUGAAACCACGCACCGAUUCGCCUUUAGUACAAUCGCCAAAGAUGCCAAAAAUUCAACAAAAAACCGAUCUAUUAACACUCCCCACAAAUUUAUCCAAAGACAAAGACAACAAUAGAACAACAGCAACAACUACGACCACAACCACAUCGUCAACAAAUAAUGCGAGUGCAUCAUCAUCGACGCGACCGUCGUCAGGCAUGCCAUCAUUAUCGAUGCCAUCCUCGUCGUCGUCGUCAUCAUCGUCAUCACUGGCGUCACCGUUAAGCGGCUGUGCCGGUAUUGACAAGCAAUUUGGCAAACGGCCAGAAAAAACAUCGAAACGUAAAAGCAGGGAACCCGUUAAAAAUGUACCUAAAGCAAAAUGUGCAUCACCAAACGAACGAAUCAUUGACACAAAAUGGGAUUCGGUGAAAUCGACCAUUAUUUCAACAGUAUCACCGUCAUCGCCAGUUUCAACUGCAACAACCUCAAGACCAUCGGGCAGCAAUAAUAGCAGCAACAGUGGUAGUGGCAGUGGCACAAGCAGCAGUAGUAGCAAUAGCUUAAAUGCUGAUCGCGCAAAACUUCUCAGCCAAUUAACACACCACAAAAAUCACCAAAAGUCAAUUCAAAACAUUAGCGCAUCAAGCUUGUCAACAAACAAAUCAAAUCAAGCCUCAUCUUCAAAAUUCACGCCAUCAUCAAAAUCAGUAUUUAAAACCCCAAUACUAAACAGCUCCAAAGAAUCUUCUUCGUCACUGUCACCUAUAGGUCUCAAACCAUCAACAUCCGAAUCAGAAACAUCAAUCAUUAUUCAGAAUAAUAUUCAACGGCCAACUCAAGCGGACACACCACGACCGUCAACGUCAUUUAAUCCGAUUCACAGCCAGCACCCGUUCAUAUUUUCACCACCAUUGAAACGAAAUUUUCUGAAAGAAACGGAAAUUCAAGAGAUUCGAAGUGAUGACGCAAACAAAGAAAAAGUCUAUGGUCCACCAAUGAGUUUUGCCCCACCCUAUGCGAAUUUCACAAACUUAUUACCGGCGGCAAUCGAUCCAAUGCAAAUACAAUUGAAUCAUCUGCUUCGACAACAACAGCAGCAGCAACAGCUUCAGUAUUUCAAUAAAAUGAAUAAGCAGAAAAAGCCCAUUUUAGAUAUGAAACGGCAAAGUUUGGAUACAAAAUUGAUGUCAAAACCAUUAACUCAGCCAAUACGAUCAUCGUCACAUACAAAAAGUGAAUCGGCAAAACAACAACAACAACAACAACAACAACAACAACAAUCGGCUGCUUGUCCAUUUUUUAAUUUGUCAGCCAAAUUACCAAAAUCACUCACAAUCACUGUAACGAAUGAUGGAAAUGAACCAGAGCGACAAUCGUUCAGUACAAAAAAUAAUAGCGUUGUCAAUUCAAUUGAUAUUGUUAAAUUGCCUAUCGAAUCUGGUGAAACGAAUACAACAUUUGCAUCACCAUCCACUUCAUCUCUAUCUCCGUCAACAUCAUUGUCGGCCGAUAAUUCUUGGCAAUCGAAUAAAAAUAUUAACAAUCAAGCCAAACAACAUACGCAGCAAAAUAAUCAAAUCGACUCAACGUCACAGUUACAACCGUCGUCUAGUUUGACCGAUUCAUUGUCUCAAAAGUUGGAUUCAUCGUUUCAAGCAAAAUUUAUCGAUUCAUUGAAAACGACGCAACCAUCGAAAACAGUUGCCAAUCGCUCCAAUUUGAAUAUAAUGGAUGAAUCUCAAAAGCGAAAAAUACAACAACAACUUGAUGAUAAAGUGGCCAAAGUAAGAAAACUGCAACCACAACAAAUGAUCACACAACAAAAAGCAUCGCCGACAACUCAACGACCGGUGCCCGAUUUACUUAUUCCAAAAGACGAUAAAAAACUAUCAAACAGCAGUACCAAUACCACCACCACCGGUGGUAGCAGCAGCAGCAGCAGCAGCAGCGGCAGUAGCGCAACUUCAACAAAUAGCACCAAUCAAUUAGCAAAUAGUAAAAAUUCACAAGAUCGCAAGUCACCAACUGUAUCAGCAUCAAAUGUAUCAUCGUCCGAUAAAUCAGCGGCUCUUUCAUUGGCCGUACAGCAAGUUGCUCAAGCAAAAGUGCAGCAAGUAACCAAUGACAUUCCAACAUCAAAGUACAUGCCAUUGCAAACAUCAUCGACACCUAUCUGGGUAAAUCAUUGUACGCCAGAUCAUAAAAGACACGAUAUUGUACUCGCCGAGAGUUUCGGAACGCAAAGUAAAAAAAGUUCCGGAACAUUUGUUGACUAAUCGAAAGAAGAGAGAGAGAGAAAGAAAAUUUUCUUUAAAUUCUUCAGUUCUUUUUUGUAAUGUGACAUUUUAUAAAUGGACUUAUACACAUAAACACAAACACACACACACAGGUUGAAAGAGAAAAAUUGCAUUUGAAUGAAACGAAAACAAAACAGUCUAAAUUCAAUAUUGUUCCUAUUUGAUAAACUGAAUAAGACAAAAGAAAUAUUGUUUGAAAUUCUGCGAUACACACAAACACAAAGUAAAACGAUUAGAUUUCUUAUGUGCGCGUGCAAAAGAUAUCUAAACUAAAUUAAUCAAAAUUCAAAUAAAAAAAAAUUAAAAAAAUUAUUUUGUAUUUAAAACAAAAUAGAAAAGAAAAACAUUUUGAAAGCGACAAAACUGAACGAACAUAUUUUUUGUUCAUUUCACGAAACAGCGCGUUCCAUUAAGUUAUUUAGUUAAGUAAUUUAUUAAACGAAUUUCUUUUUGAAAAAAAAAAAAAAAAAUCAUUUUGAUAGUGAGAAAGAGAGAGUAAGAGAGAAAGGGAGAC